AUGGUAAAGUUGUUUGGAACGAAAUACACCUUUCAAUCUGAGGUGCUUGCGUCCUUACCUUAUGGAACCGACCGUGCGCAAGCUGUUAAUCUAUUGGACCUGUGGCUAGGAGAUCUUGUCGUGUCCGGUCGCGCUCCCCAUGAAGCUUUCCGACUGCUAAAGCUGGAACAAUUUGGAGGAGAGUUGUUCAACGAGGCGUUCCUACCGCUGUUGAACAAGUACGUCAUCCUGCACAACAGAUUUGACCCCGAGGCCACGACGUCUCUUUCCAAUGAACUGGGCCUCUUACGAGGGGUUAGUGAGCCGAAGGGCACGGUUGCGGAGCAUGCUGAGAAGUGGCUAAAUGCUCAAGGAGAGACAGCGGAACCCGAGUACGCUGUGCGGCAAGUCAAUUGGGACUGGGAGCUGCAUGGGACGCCAUUUGGUGGUAGGGUUGUGAAAGUCUGGACUAAUUCUAUCGAUGAAUGA